GGCGGGGAGAGGGAGGGGAAGCAGCCGGAGCCGGGGCUUGAUAUCCGGCCGAAAAGCCCCCGUCGACUCCGGCUGGUAUCCCGGAUGUGUUUUUAAACUGUAGUCGCUUCGUCUCCGGGUAGAAUAAAAUGUGCAUGCGCGAGGCGACCGGGAGGGAAGCUGUUUACAUGCGGAAGAGAGAGGGAUAGAGAGAGGGAGGGAAAUACCCCGAGAGACGGUGUACACUCACCUCCACCUGCUCCGAGUGGAGAAAUGCCGCAUGCUGCAUAUCUUUAAAUAUUCCGCUGUUUGAUAUCGUUAUUGGUGUUUUAUGGCUCGAUAUGACCGGAUGUGUCGAAGUGCGUUCGGCCUGUUGUGCUAAUUAAUGAGCAAUAUCAAGACGGAUAAUUGAUGUCAGCAUAUACAAUAAUUAUAAUAAUAAUAAUAAUAAAAUAUAUAUAUAUAAAAAUAAUUCAAACAUCAUUUUUUUAAAAAUUUGAAAUAUCGGCAUCAAUACAUCACGACGUGUAUGCAAAUGUGGAUUUUUGAAUUUUUUUAAAUAGCUGGCCCAGUCUCCCACGUGACACCACCGGGCUGCUGACGGCUUGUAAACAAUAAAUAAUAAAACAUCCGGUUCCUAGCAGAGAGCUGACGGGGCUGCGCGCGACGUUCACGUGACGCUGAUUUAAACAAACGCACAGGAAGCAGAUAUUGGGUAAUCGAUCGGCGGCCUCAGCCACCAUGUCCAGCCGAGGAGCAAAGAAGAAGUCCACCAAGACGUCCCGGUCCACCAAGGCCGGGGUGAUCUUCCCCGUGGGGCGCAUGCUGCGCUACAUCAAGAGGGACCUGCCCAAGUACCGCAUCGGCGUGGGGGCGCCCGUCUACUUGGCCGCCGUCCUGGAGUACCUCACCGCUGAGAUCUUGGAGCUGGCCGGUAAUGCAGCCCGAGACAAUAAGAAGGGUCGCAUCACACCGCGACACAUCCUGCUGGCCAUCGCCAACGACGAGGAGCUGAACCAGUUGCUGAAAGGCGUGACCAUCGCGGCCGGGGGGGUUUUGCCGAACAUCCACCGGGAGCUGCUGGCCAAGAAGAGAGGCUUCAAGGGGAAGUUGGAGAUACCCAUGUCGCCGGCGCCCGAGAAGAAACCCAAGCCGGUCAAGAAGCCGGCGAGCAAGAAGACGCGCGGCAAAAAGGGAAGAGCGAAGGCCAAGGCGAAGAAGCCGGGCGAGGUGAGCAAGGCGGCGUCGGCCGACAGCACCACGGAGGGCUCUCCGACCGGCAGCUUCACGGUGCUCUCCACCAAGAGCCUCUUCCUGGGUCAAAAGCUCAACCUCAUCCACAGCGAGGUCAGUAACUUGGCUGGCUUUGACGUGGAGGGGGUCAUCAACCCCACCAAUGCUGAACUUGAACUUAAAGAUGAUCUCGGCUCUGCUCUGGAGAAGAAGGGAGGGAAGGAGUUCACCGAAGCGCUGUCGGAGCUGAAGAAGAAGGGCGGCCCCCUGGAGGUGGCUGGCGCCGUGAUGACCCCCGGCUUCGGCCUGCCGGCCAAGUACGUGAUCCACUGCAACAGCCCGAGCUGGGGCUCCGACAAGUGCGAGGAGCUGCUGGACAAGACGGUGAAGAACUGCCUGGCGCUGGCGGACGAGAAGAAGCUCAAGUCGGUGGCGUUCCCCUCCAUCGGCAGCGGAAGGAACGGCUUCCCGAAGCAGACGGCGGCGCAGCUGAUCCUCAAGGCCAUCUCCACCUACUUCGUGGCCACCAUGUCUUCCACCAUCAAGACCGUCUACUUCGUGCUGUUCGACAGCGAGAGCAUCGGCAUCUACGUGCAGGAGAUGGCCAAGCUGGAGACCAGCUAGAAGACCUUUUGGUUUUAUUUUGCAUUUAAGUUUUGUAUUUGAUUUUAUUCUUUUCCCAAAAUUGUUUUAAAUUUCCCGGCGUUUAAAUGUAAAAGUGCACUCUGCUCAUUUCCCGCUCUUUUAUUACGAGCGGUGCCCGACUGAAGUGAUUCAACAAGUGAAAGAUCUUCAAGAUUCAAUCUAUAUAUAUAUAUACAGGACUGUCUCAGAAAAUUAGAAUAUUGUGAUGAAGUUCUUUAUUUUCUGUAAUGCAAUAAAAAAAAAAAUGUCAUGCAUUCUGGAUUCAUUACAAAUCAACUGAAAUAUUGCAAGCCUUUUAUUCUUUUAAUAUUGCUGAUUAUGGCUUACAGCUUAAGAAAACUCUAAAAUCCUAUCUCAUAAAAUUUUAAUAUUUCCUCAGACCAAGUUAAAAAAAAGAUUUAUAACAGCUGAGUGUUUGUCAAGGCUCAGGAAACCCUUGCAGGUGUUUCGAGUUAAUUAAACAAUUCAAGUGAUUUGUUUAAUACCCUACUAGUAUACUUUUUCAUGAUAUUCUAAUAUUUAGAGAUAGGAUAUUUGAGUUUUCUUAAGCUGUAAGCCAUAAUCAGCAAUAUUAAAAGAAUAAAAGGCUUGCAAUAUUUCAGUUGAUUUGUAAUGAAUCCAGAAUGCAUGACAUUUUUGUUUUUUUAAUUGCAUUGCAGAAAAUAAAGAACUUCAUCACAAUAUUCUAAUUUUCUGAGACAGUCCUGUAUAUAUAAUUUAUAUAAAAAUAUGUCAUGAGAGAUAGACGCACCUCCAUUGCCAGGCUUCCAGAGGAGUCUUAUGAAUACGGAUUAAUGCAUGUGAUGGCAGUAAAAACAGCUGUUCUCUUUAUUUUUCAUUUAAACAAACAACACAAAGCACUUAAUGAGUGUUUUCUUUGUAUUGUUUCGGUUCAUCGUCUCGGUCAACGGUGAAGAUUUGGAAGGAGUUUCUGUGUUGUCUUUUGCCUUUUCUUUACACGGGCAAAAAAUUCUUACAUUUCCUUUUUUAUUUCUCAAAAACGAGGAGGGAAAAAUAAGUCGCCUGGCGCCUUCGCGAUGACAUCAUCGUCAUGCUGGCACCAAUGCGCGGUGGUUGUCAUUUACAGGUGUAAAGAAAUAAGUGAAUUUAUGGCAUGAAAUAGAAUUGGAGGUUUUUGCGAUCGGUUGACAUUGAGUGUUCCUAUCAAUGUUUAUAUAGAUGGAGUAUUUGUGAUAUGUUAUAGAAGAAUAUUGGAUUAUAAUAGAUUUUUAUUUUGUUUUCUAAUCCCAAUUGAAUCUAAGGGAAAGUAAAAAAAACAAAAAACUGUUAAGAGUAUUUUUGUGUGUGUUUGUUUUUGUCUGUUAAGCCAUAAAACAAAUGUACUCCCGGCUCUGUUGUUGUUUUUGUUUUUGCUCUUUCAUUCAGCCGCCACUAGGUGGCGCCCUGCAACCAAGAAGUGGAACGUCUCAUCUCGGCCAUUUUCUGUGCAGCCGCUUCCCUCCACACACAGGCUUUGAUUUGAAUUGGGACUGACGGACACACACACAUAUACACACACAUGAGGAAGCGGACUGCUCUGCUGCAUUUGGACUUUUCAGAAGCCUAACUUUCUUAUGGGGGAAAAUAAAUAAAUUUAAAUGCUUUCUAAAUAACUGCUAACAAUAGAUGAUCCUACAAAAAGGUCUGUACACACUGCGGUAAUAAAAUACCUUUAAAAACAUA